AUGAAGCUGGUCCUAGUCUUCUUGCUGGCCGCCAUCCCCAUUUGCUGCUAUGCCAGUAGUUCUAAUUGCCAUGCAAUGGAUGAUGUCGUUGCACAGAUUAUUAACUCAUCAGUGUCUGUGGCUGAGUUUCAGGGACUGAUUAAGUCAUACGCACCUCUUCCUUAUGACGAAAAGGCUUUGGGCGAAGUGAAACAAUGUUUCCUAGACCAGUCUGAGGAGACUCUGGCCAAUUAUGGAGUGAUGAUGGAUGCUAUAUACGACAGUGAAGAUUGUCCAUAGUCUGCCUAAAAGUUCCACGAGAACUUUAGCUCACAGGAAUGAAGAGCUGAUACCAUAAUCGUAACUUUUCUUUCUUGACUUUAUCUUCCUGUCUAUAAAGUGCAAGACUAUGGUUGGAAUC